AUGGCUUCAUUUUUCUCUGAUUUCGAGGACCAGUUUUCUGAAUAUACUUGGCCUCGUCUCAUAUAUAGUGCUGUACGUGUUCCUGCAUAUCACUUCUAUUUUGAAAUAGUCCUUAUAAUUGGCAUUAUCUGGUUGCUAUUCAAACGAAGUUACAACAUUCAUGAGAAAACUACACUCUCAGAAGAGGAAAAAGAGGAUUUAUUAAAAGAAUGGGUCCCAGAACCUCUCGUUCCUGCAUCAAAGCAACCGUCGAAGAAACUCUUGGAGCGUUUUUCUCGAGCUGCUGUUGGACCCAUUAAAAAAUAUGUACAGUUUCAAGGUGAAGAUGGUAAAGGAACAAAACCUUUCCUCAAUGUCGCCAGUCUAAACUUUCUUGAUUUCAUCGGUGACGAUAAAAUUAAUAAGGUUGCUAUUGCAGCCCUUAGAAAAUAUGGCCUUGGCUCUUGUGGCCCACGAGGCUUCUACGGCACUUUUGAUGCCCAUCUUGACAUGGAAAAGGUUCUGGAAAGUUUCCUUGGAGUCGAAGAGGUUGCUCUGUAUUCCUAUGGUUUCUCCACUAUUGCUAGCGCCAUUCCAGCUUACGCAAAACGCACUGAUCUAAUAUUUGCUGAUGAAGGAGUCAGUCAAGCAGUUAAAGAGGGACUUACAGCUUCCCGAAGCACAAUUCGUUUCUUCCGGCACAAUGAUAUUGAUCAUCUUGAGGAAUUAAUGCGUGCUCAGGAGGCAGAAGACGUCUUAGAUCCUUUAAAAGCCGGUCAAAUCCGACGUUUCCUAGUGGUGGAGGGACUCUAUCUUGACUAUGGAGAUAUCUGUCCCUUGCCUCAACUUGUUGACUUGAAGUACAAAUAUAAGGUUCGAAUUAUUAUGGAUGAAUCGAUUUCUUUUGGUGUGCUUGGAAAAGAAGGUCGUGGAGUAACUGAACACUUUGGAAUCGGCGUUGAGCAUAUCGAUGUCAUCACAGGCUCACUGGAGAACGCAAUUGGUGUUUGCGGUGGUUUUUGUGCGGGAUCGCACUUUGUUGUCGAUCACCAGCGUCUCUCUGGUCAGGGCUACUGUUUCUCCGCCUCUCUCCCACCCAUGCUGGCUGCGGGUGCUCAAGUCGCCAUAGAGACUUUGGCAACGGAGAAGGGUGUCAGACAGGCUCGUCUCCGUGAUCUCGCCCAUCGUCUAUUCAGCGCUCUCAAUACACCCGACAUCGCGACUGUCUGGAGUCUUGAUCAUCAUGCUCAACCCGAUUCUCCUGUUAUGCACAUUCGACUGGCUAUUGGAGAGAAUUCAAUUGACCGAUUGGAAGAGGCGUGCGAUUUGGCCGCUCAAUUGCCUAUGAAAGAACCGGAGGGUGGGCUCAAGGCUACGCCGGUUCUUCUUACCGUUGCUCGCCAUUCCCUGCAAAUGGAGAGGAAACUGCCCAAACCCAGCAUCCGACUGGCUUUGAAUUACACGCUGUCGAAUGAGGAGUUGGACCACGUGGUUGAAGUGCUUCAGAAGGUGGGAGAAGUCAUGGCUGAAAGAGCUUAA